AUGUUCACCAAUUCGGCAAACAACGGUUCCCCUGGCGACAUUGAAAUCUACAUCCCGGAGGCUCUUGGAAAGCGAAUGACAGAAUUGAUCGACAGAAGUCAGCAGUGUACGAUUGAUGACAAAUUCUCAUCAUCACGAAGAGCUCGUAGUCUGGACUUCAGUGAGCAGCUCACCGGAGUGAUUUGCUCCACUAAGCAAGUACUCCUCAAUGCCUCGCCAGGUGCCGCGUUCGAAGCUCUUGACUCAUUGGGAGCGAUGACGACCGAGAUUCCUACCUGGAUUCAGCCAGAUGUACAAGAAGCAAUGGAGGUUGUAAUGAAUAUGGCGAAAGAGAUGUCCGACCAGAUCAUGCUGUACGCGCACGAAGCGACGCUUAUAGCACUCUUCGUCUUCAUGGUGAAUUACCAACGGUCAGUUACUGGAAGCCCCAUAUCUCCGUCCAUCCGCAUCCCCGGUAGUGAGCUCAAGGAGAUGGUGAAAGUUUCACUGACGCCCUCGAUCACGUCAUUCACCCCGACUUCGUCGAUAACCUCUACUGUCAGUAGCUCGAGCUCAUCCAGCACACAGGAAUGCUCGGCAUUUUGCAGCAUGAUUGGUCAGAUCAAGAGAUGCACAACACAAUGUCCGAAAAUGACCGAUUUGCCGACUGCCACACCAACUGAAUACGCUGUGAGAACGAUGACAGUGGAGCCAUGGAUCGUUCCGUACCAGCCGCAGAUCCCCAUCAAAGAUGUAUUCAGCUUCUGUAUGCCCAACGAGGACACCAAGUUCCCGGUUUCGGAGUUCAACGUCACUUACGCCGACUUCUGUGAGAAGGCCGACGGCUCAACCGAAGACGUCACCUGGAUGGUCAAUGCGAAAGGAGAACAAUCGCAGCUGAAUCGUCGGCGCUUCUGGAGACGAGACGCCUCGGACGAUUUCAGCGACUACAAAUUCGCCUUGUGGUGGAGACCCAAGACUGGAGACAACGCCACCGACUGUGAAUUCUCAUGUGAAGAAGCCUUCCAAGGACUGACUGAGAGAGAUUCGUGUUCAGUAGGCGAUGGCAAGAAGUUCUUGGCGGGAAGCGGAGGUAUCGACAUCGGCUGUGGUACAUACUCCUUCACCGCGCAUCAUCAGAUCGACUCCACAGUCAAGUGCCUGAACCACCCACUCGACGCACCAAAGAAUGACAAGACUGCCUCCGGCGGAGUAAGCGUCGAGUCAGCCAUCCAAACCUGGUGCACCGACAACGACGGCCACCAAUUCAGUUCCAACUCUAAAUCCGACAACGUAUACUGGCGCUGGGGCAUCACCCAACUCGACGUACCCGACCGGCGCUCAUUCUGGCUGCGCGCAAAGCCAAACGGCAACAACCAACAAGCUUCCUUCGUGAAAGACGAAUGCAUCGCCGCACUCAGUAACGGCCUGAGCACAUGCGACCCCGACUCCGACAACACCCACGGCUUCACGGCUACCGUCGACACCAUCGACUACAGCCUCGACCUCAGCGGAGUCACGCAGCUCGACAACCCUCCCUGGAACGAACACCCAGCUUUCCCCGCCCCAGAAUCUUUGACCGCCAAGGACAGCAACAAACCCCAUACAACUAAAUGUUGGGAUCCGAAAAUAUACGGUUACGGCCGUAACGUCGCCCCAGAUGACAUCGAAAAGGCGAUCAGCGCAUGGUGUAAAGAUGGCACCAAGAUCGAGGGAUUCGGCAAUAAUGCCAAGGGGUUCAUGUAUCCGCCAGAAGGCGAGACGCCUUUCUACCCGAACGAUCAUACGCCCAUGCAUGUGCGUAUGGAUGUAGCGACGGUGGAGACAGGGGAGAAGGAACCAUAUGGGGACAUGAAGUGGUGCGAGUAA